GAAAAAGGCGAGAAGGACAAUUAAAUGGGGAGCGAACGAAAAAGAUGUGUGGCUGGGGUCUAUAGCUGCAGCGGAAUAGCCUGAAGUAUGGGAGAGUGAUUAGUUUUCUUAGCUACGACGACGUACGAUGACUGGAACCAUCAGCUCGGUUGGUGAUGGGUCCUCUGGAGAAGAAGGAAAAGGCAACAAGGCUGAUGAAGGGAACAACCACCAUCACCAGCAGCAGCAGAAGCAGAACUUCAUGACAAUGGUGAAGAAGGCGGUUUCUGAACGGCCGGCAGAGCCACCAAGCAUCUGCGAGGUCCCCAAGGACCUCAUUGAGGGCAACAAGGGUGCCUACACCCCCAAAGUCGUCGGCAUCGGCCUGCUCCUGGACGACAGUUGGCGCACAUCGACGAGCAUGGUCAGGCUGGAGCGCUACAAGUGGUGCUGCGUCCGCAAGCUCGUCAUGGGGCGCCACCCAGACCCAGCCAGCUGGUCGAGGGAGGUACACGAGCCGCUGCUUGGCAAGUGCUUCGACCUGAUGGUGGGCUUGGUGCCGCAAAUUCGUGCCUCCUACAGCAGCGUUGCUUCCGACACGAGCAGUGAAGAUGUGGCGAUCAAGAUGCUGCUCGACAGCUGCUUCGUCCUCCACCGCCUGCUCAAGCACGCAGGAAAAGGAAAAGGCAACAACGACUACGACGACGAUGACUGGAACCAGCAGCUGGGCCGGUGCUGGGUCUGGGGAACCGUGAAGCGUGACCUACUGCUGCUCAGCAACCAGGUUCCCUUCUUUGUCCUCCAGGCGCUGUUCAAGCAGCUGGGGAAUGACCGCGGCACGGGCGACAUCCUUGUCAACUGCGGCCUCCAGCUCUUGAGCUCGCUACGUCCUGGCCGGCUGCACAACGCACCCAUCAUCUGCGGUGACGUGCACCAUCUCCUCCACCUAUUCUACCUCUCAAUCGACCUGCCGCCCCGGGACUGGGAGCCCUCCAACACCAAGACACGGGGAAUCCGCUCCAACUUGAGCCGCCCGCCUGUAAAGCGACGACCGCCGAAUUCGAAGCCGGCCCACGACUCCAUCUCCAGGGAGCUUCUGGCAGUGCCAGAGGCAGAGCUCACGUGGUGGGUGCCUUGCGCCAAGGAGCUGGAGGAGGCCGGCGUUCGGAUCCGUGCACGCAGGUACGGCGCCAAGAGCUUCCUGGACGUCAGGUUCCGCCGGCGCCGAGGCAUCCUAGAGAUCCCGCCGCUGGAGCUCUUCGACUACAGCGUACCCUUGUUCCGGAACCUGAUCGCGUUCGAGCAGACCUACCCAUCCACGCCGGGCCGCAUAACGGCAUACGCCAUCUUCAUGGACUGCCUCCUCAAGACGCCACAGGACGUGCGCCUCCUCCACCAGAGCGGGGUGCUACUGAACCACAUGAACGGCCAGAGAGGCGAAACCGCCAUGGGGUUCUUCAGUAGCCUCUGCGCGGAGGCGCACACAUCUGCCGACCGCAACUACCUUGCCGGCGUGAUGGAUCAGGUGCUCAAGUACCAGAAAAGAAAGUGGCCCCGUUGGCGUGCCGCUCUGGUGAGCGGCUACUUCACCAAUCCGUGGGUGACCACAUCGGUCGUCGCCGCUGUGAUCUUGCUCACCAUGACAGUGCUGCAGUCAUUCUACGCUGUCUAUGGGUACUACAAGCCAUCCAAGUAAGCAAUGCAUAGGAACUGCCUGCACUACACGUCUAGAGGUGACUGUGUUGUGUCACAUCUAAAUGAUCCUUUUACCUUUCCGCUGUGGUUGUCCGUUUUAUUUCAAGGCAUGCCUAUGUCUUUUUUUUUUUGAACUGAAGGCAUGCCUAUGUCUAACUAGCUGUGCAUUGUGGUUCUCCGUUGUAUUUUUUUUCCAGUUAUGCCUAUGGCUGGCUAGCUCCA